GGUUACGUGACAGCGGAAUUCUCCCUCGGGCGGCUUUCUGCUUCCGGCUCGUGUCUCUCUGUCUUUCUCCUCCCCAGCCCCAUUUCCUGACUAAAUCAGGAGACCCUAUAUAACUCACCAUGUCCAGCGACGAAGACUUCGCCGACCUACCCCCGACCAUCCACGUCCACCUGGAUGACAUCGAUCUCGACAAAAUGAGCGCAUCAGAGUCCGUCCGCCAAAACCCUCAUUCCCGCCCGACACUGACACCAUCCUUCUCCUCCAGGACGCAGUUCACGACCGCCAUCCUCGAGGGCACCAUCUAUGUCUCCAAGCCGAUGCGCUCGGGCGGCUCCAAGAAGCUGAGGGCCAUGGUCUCCUUCUCGCCCCGCAAGUCUGCCUUUGACAUCUCCAACGAAAAGUCUUUCACGAACGAGUUCAGGGGCUUCUUCACCCUCUUCUGGAUCUCCAUGUUCCUCGUCGCCGUGGGGACGUUUGUCCGCAGCCUUGAAACCAGCGGCAAGGUUGUCUCACUCGAUUUUGCCAUGAAGCACAUGUUCUCCGCAGACACCUUCACCCUCCUGCUCAGCGAUGCCGUCCUCGUUUUCAGCACCGGUCUGUGCGUCCCGUUCGCCAAGGCAAUCUCAAAAGGAUGGCCCAAGUACUAUGACACUGGCAUAGCCAUCCAAUACGUCUGGCAGUCCUUCGUUCUUGCCACUUCCAUCACAUGGGCUUUCUACAGGCAAUGGCCCUGGGUGCAGUCGGGCUACUUCACACUCCACACCCUCGCCAUGAUGAUGAAGAUGCACUCAUACAUGAACAUCAACGGCUACCUGUCUCAAGUGAACCAACACGCCCAAGGCGUCAUGGAGCGAUUACGUCAUGCCACCGACAAGGUCGGCGGCUGGGACGAUGCCGUUGCCGCUGCCGAGUCCAACCGGCGCGAGCGCGAGCGCGGGUCGCGGGGCAUCGUGGAUGACGCUCCAACGAACGACGGCCCGGUCACCGCUUCGCCCGCCGGCAUCUUCGACAAGGCGGCCGCACCGAUGCUGCGGAAGCGCGCCAACACCACGUUCAAGGCCAAGGCGCCAGCGCCGCUCGCGCCCGCGUCGAGCACGAACCCCGAGCAGAUCAUGACGACCGGCAACCGCGUCCUGAGCCCCGCGGACGUGCUCAAGCCCGCGGCGCACCCGCUCGCGGACCACCCGGACGAGUCGAUCGCCUCCCUCGCGCGCGAGUACUCGGAGCUCGACUCGGAGCUGGUGAGCACGGGCCCCGAGUACGUGCGCUGGCCGCACAACAUCACGCUCCGGAACUUUGCAUCGUACAUGUGCAUCCCGACGCUCGUGUACGAGCUCGAGUACCCGCGCACGGACCGGAUCCGGCCGCUGUACGUGUUCGAGAAGACGGUGGCGACGUUCGGCACGUUCGCGCUCCUCUACACCGUCACCGAGAACUUCAUCUUCCCGCUCACGCCGACCAAGGACCAGUCCUUCCUGCGCUCGCUGCUCGACCUCGCGCUCCCGUUCAUGAUCGCGUACCUCCUGCUAUUCUACCUUAUUUUCGAGUGCAUCUGCAACGGCCUCGCAGAGCUGUCGCGCUUUGCGGACCGGCAGUUUUACGAGGACUGGUGGAACGCGACCUCGUGGGACGAGUUCUCCCGCAAGUGGAACCGGCCCGUGCACAUGUUCCUGCUCCGGCACGUGUACGCGUCGUCGAUGAGCUCGUACAAGCUCUCGCGCAGCUCGGCGAUGUUCUUCACCUUCCUCCUCAGCGCCGUCGUGCACGAGCUCGUCAUGGCCGUCGUCACGAAGAAGCUCCGGUUGUACCUCUUCACGAUGCAGCUCGCGCAGAUCCCGCUCAUCGCGGUUGGACGCAUGCCCGCGAUCAAGCGGAACAGGCUCCUCGGGAACAUCGUCUUCUGGGUCGGGCUCUACGCCGGCUUCCCACUGCUCUGCGUCGCGUACUGCGCAUACUAGGCGCCUGCCUACCUCGACAUCCAUUAAUACGCGACUACUCACGUUUUCUAGAUGCUCGGUUCAUGACAUGUUAUGACACCCUCACGUUUCAUCUACAUCGGAUCUGACCACUACUGCUUAUCCCGCCACAUUAAUACCACGUACUUAUAUAGGGGUCUGGAUAUAAUUCUUCUAUGUUCUACUCAAUGGGAAAGGUAUCUUUGGAAUUCUUUAUAUGGCCUACCGAGCCGCCGUGGCGAUAUACAUAGCUUGUAAAGUUAUCAAGUUAGGUGUACC